AUGAACCCAGCUGGUCUCAAACAAUCGAAUUUCAUGGCUAACAGUAAAGUUAUCACUCGUCAUUUCAUAAACUCGGAGGACUACGAAGGGGGGUUUGCGAAGGACGAGAUCGAACAGCUCUUGGCAUGCAUAGAGAACAAUUUCCACGACUGGGUUUCAGCCUUUGUUCCAACGGUAAUGGGAGGCAAUGACCCCUUCUCCAUCCAUUAUUUUGACAAAAGUUUGAAAAGAAUGAAUCCAGAUACUGCACUCUCCGUCGCCAAACUCAUCUUUUUAAGCGACAACAGAGAGAUUUUGGAGAUGGUCAUGACCCCAUGCGCCAUAAUUCAGACCACCCAAAGACCCCAUCGUACCCAAUUCCGUGGCCGACUACAUGCAAAAGAAGAUCAAGGGCAAAUCGACGGUCGAGAUCAUUCCAUCGACGGUCAUUUUCCUCAGUUGACUGCUCAUGAGCAGCUAUUAGAUGUGAUUGGUGGUGUUCUGGGCUUUGAUCUUUGA